CGAGUUAGGCCGCCGUUGGUGGAAGGGCCGGACGACCCCUCAUCGACCGCGUGGGGGGAGGGGCAGGCAGCGGCCCCCUGGUUCCCCGCGCCACUGGCCUAGUGUCCGGAGCGGGCGGGCGGCCAGGCCAGGCGGGAGCGAGAAGGAGAGCGAGGACAGGAGGGGAUGGACCUGGAGCUGAGCAGGCUCCGGCCUCAGACGGCGUGGGGCGUCCUGGCGCGGGCAGCAGCGUUCAGCUGUCACCGGGGCGACCGGGCCUCCGCACCCCGGGGGCGCAGGGCAUUGGAGGAGGCUGUGGAUAGCGACUGGAGCGCCCUGCUCCCGCCCGAGCUCCGCGGGGUCAUCAGAAACCGCACCAAGUAAUACGCUUUGCAGUAGAGUAGCCUGCAGUGACAGGUAGAGCUGUAGCAGCGGCGAGAAGAUGUGGUAGUCUUUUGGCCUGGCUUGGCAUGGAGGGCCGUUACUACCUGCAUAUCUAGCUGUGCUGAGGGAUCUGAUGCGGCUCCAAGGCUGGGCUGGACUGAGAAGGGACAGCCCCGCACUCUAAAAAUGAAAGAGCCCCAUUCCGCUUCUCUGGAUAAACUCCCUGACUGAGCAGCAUUGUUUCUGGUCUUGUCCUGGUUCAGUCACACCUAGAGACAAGCCUCACAAGCACAAAAGCAGCAGAGUUGAGUGAAACGAGAUGUAGAAUGAAGUUUCACUUGAAUGCCACUGACAUUGCGGUUUGUAACCCCUCACUAUCUCAUCUGUAGCAUUUACGUAUUGGGAGGGAUAAAAGACUGAACCUUAUGGUAUCCAAUAUUUGAGAGCCCUUUGAGAGGAAGUGAUACAUGACACCACCUGCUUGAUUGCAGUGUUGUUGAUGCUAGACACUAAAAAUCAAGGACUCAGUAAAGACACUGGAUUUAUGGCUCACUACAACAAACUGUAACCUACCAACCCUCCUUUGUCCUGCAAUUACAGAGGUGUUAACUGCCCACUUCACCUUGAGCAGCCUCUUGAAACAUAUAUCAACUCUCUGAGUACCUUUCUCAGACAUGAAGAAGAGUUCUAUGAAAGCUUGCCUCUCUCAAUGGUAGAGAAGGUUGAAGACGACACCAUGCCAAUCCGUCGUGCUGUGAAUUCUUCAGCUCGGGAAACUCCUCCCAAAAGCAAACCUGCUGAAGGUGAGGAGGCCAAGCCAGACCCGGAAAUCAGCUCAGAGGAAUCUGCUUCUACUGGAGAGGAGCAAGAGAAUGAAACUCCACCUGCUACAUCCAGUGAGACAGAGCAGCCAAAAGAACCAGAGAGUGAGAAGGGAGAAGCAAAGUCUUCUGAAGAAACCAAAAAAGAUGAGAAGGAUCAGUCUAAAGAAAAGGAGAAGAAAGUGAAAAAGACCAUUCCCUCAUGGGCAACACUUUCUGCUAGCCAACUAGCUAGAGCACAGAAGCAAACACAGAUGGCUGCCUCCUCACGCCCAAAGAUGGAUGCUAUCUUAACUGAGGCCAUCAAGGCAUGCUUUCAAAAGAGUGGUGCAUCAGUGGUUGCCAUACGUAAAUACAUUAUCCACAAGUACCCUUCACUGGAGCUUGAGAGGAGAGGCUAUCUUCUAAAGCAAGCACUGAAAAGGGAGCUGGAGAGGGGAGUCAUCAGACAGGUGAAAGGAAAGGGAGCCUCUGGGAGUUUUGUGGUGGUCUCUAAUGCAGGGAAAACUGUUCCGAAAUCCAGAGACAGAAAGAGAAGUACCUCCACAUCCACUCCAGAGCAGCAAGUCAAGCUAGAAGACAUCCUUCCGUUGGCAUUCACCCGCCUUUGUGAACCUAAGGAAGCUUCAUACAGCCUGAUCAAAAAAUAUGUGUCUCAGUAUUACCCCAAACUCAAGGUGGAUGUAAGACCCCAGCUGUUGAAGAAUGCCCUGCAGAGAGCAGUAGAGAAGGGCCAGUUAGAGCAGAUCACAGGCAAAGGAGCUUCUGGAACAUUCCAGCUGAAGAAAUCAGGGGAGAAGCCCCUACUUGGUGGGAGUCUGAUGGAAGAUGCCAUCCUGUCUGCUAUUGCUGCCAUGAAUGAACCGAAGACUUGCUCCACCACAGCUCUGAAGAAGUAUGUCCUGGAGAACCACCCAGGGACCAACUCCAACUUCCAGGUGCAUCUACUGAAGAGAACCCUGCAGAAAUGUGAGAAGAAUGGCUGGAUGGAGCAGAUCUCUGGGAAGGGUUUCAGUGGCACCUUCCAGCUCUGCUUCCCUUAUUACCCCAGCCCAGGUGUGCUGUUCCCAGAGAAGCAGCAGGAGGAGGAUUCUGAGGAAUCUGAGGAGGAGGAAGAGGAGGCAGAAGAGGAAUCUGAGGAGGAAGAAGAGUCAGAGGAAGAAGAACCACCUCCAAAGAAAAGGAUGCAGAUGCGAUCCCCCCCAAAAUCCCGGAGCAGGGCCCCCCCUGUGAAACGAAGAGAGUCCAAACCCAAGCCAAGAAAGGCCCCUGCAGCCCGCCGGGGGAAAGCAAAGCCCCCAUCCAAGGUCAAAACCCCUGCCAAGAAAGCCAGACCAGCAGCCCCAUCCAUCAAGAGGCCCUCUGGUAGCAGCUCUUCCAAGAAACCAGCAGCGAGCGGGAGGAAGGAAGCAAAAUCCCCUGCCAAGGGCAAAUCCACCAUGAGGAAGUCUCUCCGGGCAAAAAAGUAAACUUUUCCAAUGUGUCAGGGAAUCCCAUGGUCAAAUCCACAAUCUUGUUUUAUAACGUCAACAUGCAUUUGUAUUUUAGUUCUAAUGCUUAAACACUUCUUAAUUUUUUUUUUCUUGAAUGAUGGGGAAAAGCUGAAAACUAAGUCAAACCAACCUGAGUUAGAUCUAGAUGCCCUGUGCCUGCCCUCCCCCCGGAACAAGUCAUCUUUAGUUUUUGCAAUAAUUUUAGGGCUUUUCUAGAGAGUGUAAUCUGUACAUUUUAUGGUGUUUGUUUGGGGUUUUUGCUUUUAAAACUUGUUCAAAGAAGAUUUUUAUAUCUUUACAGAGCAGGAACAGGAUCAUUGGGGAAAUGUAACUCUGAAGUGAAAAGGCAAAACUGCAGUAGUUUUCUCCUUAGAUUUGCUGCAUGGUAACUAACACAAAGGGUUCCUAAUGCUUCUAUGGAGAAGCAAAAUAUAUACAAUGCUCGCACUGAAUUCUGAAGGUGCUUCUCUCUGCCACCGUUGUAGUGAUUAGCUAAAAGAUGUUUUGUUUGGCCGCUUCAGACCAGUAAGUUCCCCUUGAAAAUGAGUCGGAUCUCAGAGUGAAUGCAAAACGUUCUGACCCGUCUGAUGUCAAAGGGGUCCCAGAAUGGGCAAUCUCCUGAUUUUCAGUUAGUCGGGUUGUCGUGAUUUGAGUAAGCGAUUCCACACAUCCUCCAUCUGUUACCUAAUACCAAAAUAUAUACAAGUAGUCUUGAAUUCAACUUUGAAAUGUUUUUUAAAAGAUAAAGAACCUGAGUUUUCACUUCUUGUUUGCGCUUUUUAAAAAAACAACAAACGGAGAGUUCUAUAACUCCUAAUGUAGAGAUGUUGAUAAGUGAUGAACAUGCAGUUUGCUAAAAUAAAAUGAAACUAAAUUCCA